UUUUGCUGUGGUCUGUUCUGAUAUAUGGCCUCCUCUGCUGUGAAGUCAAGGGAUGACCUUGUUCUUGGGGUGGCACAACUGCAAAGGAAGGAGACCUGUGUGUAGAAAUCUGUGUGGAGAGAGAACCACCAAGCAUGUCUCCAUCAAACCAGUCCGUAGAAGGCCUUCCCCAGGAGGCUUCCAACAGAUCCCUGAAUGCUACAGGGACUUGGGACCCAGAAGUCCUCCAGGCUCUCCAAAUCUCUCUUGUGGUGGUCCUUUCCAUCAUCACGCUGGCCACCGUUCUCUCCAACGCCUUUGUACUCACAACCAUCUUACUCACCAAGAAGCUUCACACUCCAGCCAACUAUCUCAUUGGCUCCUUGGCCACCACUGACCUCCUGGUUUCUGUUUUGGUUAUGCCCAUCAGCAUCGCCUAUACCACUACCGGAACCUGGAACUUUGGCCAAAUCCUGUGUGACAUCUGGGUGUCUUCUGACAUCACAUGCUGCACAGCCUCCAUCCUGCAUCUCUGUGUCAUUGCUCUGGACAGGUACUGGGCCAUCACAGAUGCCCUGGAGUACAGCAAACGCCGGACAGCAGGCCACGCUGCGGCCAUGAUUGCAGCAGUCUGGGUCAUCUCCAUCUGCAUUUCCAUCCCUCCGCUCUUCUGGCGACAGGCCACGGCUCACGAGGAGAAGUCAGAUUGCCUGGUGAACACAUCUCAGAUCUCCUACACCAUCUACUCCACCUGUGGGGCCUUCUACAUCCCGUCCAUCUUGCUCAUCAUCCUCUACGGCCGCAUCUAUGUGGCCGCCCGGAGCCGCAUCUUGAAACCACCCUCCCUCUACGGGAAACGCUUCACCACAGCCCAGCUCAUCACCGGCUCUGCAGGCUCUUCACUCUGCUCGCUCGACCCCAGCCUCCACGAGAGCCACUCGCACACGGCGGGCUCCCCUCUCUUUUUCAACCAGGUGAAAAUCAAGCUGGCCGAUAGCAUCCUAGAGCGCAAGAGGAUCUCCGCAGCACGAGAAAGGAAAGCCACCAAGACCCUGGGCAUCAUCCUGGGGGCCUUUAUCAUCUGCUGGCUGCCUUUUUUUGUGGCGUCCCUGGUCCUCCCCAUCUGCAGGGACUCUUGCUGGAUCCACCCAGCCCUCUUUGAGUUCUUCACCUGGCUGGGCUAUUUAAACUCACUCAUCAAUCCCAUCAUCUACACCGUAUUCAACGAAGACUUUCGGCAGGCUUUUCAGAAGGUUGUCCAUUUCCGGAAGGCUUCCUAGUCGAAUUUGGGGGUGACUCUUGUUUAUCUUGUUAUGUCUUGUAACCCAACUGGGAUUGCCUUUUGUUGUUGCUCUUCCUGAGACCUGGAUGGAUUCAUGAUUCUUUGGUCUUGGAUCACUCAAAAGUCUUGUUCUGUGUUCUAUUGUAUAGCAUCUUUGUGACUUCUAGACUGCCCAAGCCAUUGUGUGAAAGGGGCAGCACUGAAGACUUCUCUUAACAUAGUAUUUUCAUGGCUCUUGGGGUGGAAGAAACAGGAGCCAUGGGACUGAGGAACUGUCUGAUUCUCUAGAAAAAAGAGCCCAGGCACAGAGGGAAGGCUCUAGUCUACCUGGGAUUUUAUAUGACCUGAAAUGGGAGAGAAUUUGGACAGAAUGGAGGGGUCUGCAUCUCCUAUAGCCCUUAAUUAGAAAAUAGCACCCAGGGAUUUCUCCACUGGGUCUUCCUUAUGCUGAAUCACUCUGGUUGUCUGAGGGGAGUGGUAACCAAUCCCACACAGUGACUUGUAAAUAUGAAAGGUAGCAACAGGGACCAGAUCCACUGCUCUACGUCCUUCAUUCUUCCAAAUAGUUCUAUACCACCUUAAUGUUCUGAAGUUAAAAACCACCGUCACCCAUUCAAGUAGACUGACAAGUGUUGGACCCAGCAAGUUUUGAGUGGGACACCCCACUCUGAUUUUUUUUC